UUGUUUUCCAAACAAAGAGCCCUGUACAGGAAAUUGUGGACUCUGGGAGCGUUCAGGAAGGCAGAGAGCAGAUUUCCUGUUCAGACCCUACCUCAAAAAAAGAAAAGCCUUAAGGGAGCAGGAGAACGAGGGGACAAGAGCGGAGAGAGGAGAGACGGGAUGAGAGAGGGAGGGUCACUAAUGUGUUAAGCGUAGGAGAAAACACACAGGCUGUAAUUUCUCUCCCCUCCCUAGAGCAGGAGGAAAAAAAAAAAGAAGAAAGAAGAAAAAGUUUGAAGCCUCGUGUCUUGACCGUGAGACGCAGUAAAACAUGGACGAGCCGAGAGUAAGAGAGACGAGACGGAGGAGAGAAAACCAGAAGCUCUGGAGGUCGAUCUGAGAAGAAAGUUUGACGAGGAAGACGUAGAGAGGAGAGAAAGACGAGGGUCAGGAGGGGCCGAGGAGAGAAAACCGCCUACAGGAAGCCGACUCACCGAGUCUCUGACUUACUUUUCUCUCAGCUUUUGUGUCUCUCAGGCUGAACAGAGGAGAGAGAGAGAGAGAGAGAGAGAGAGAGAAGUGUCCGAUGUAGGGAGUGACGUCAGCCUGGUGCCGCUGAGCUCCAGAAUUCCUCUCCCACUCCCAGACUCCGGACUCUCGGACACCAUGUGAGCCGACGUGACUUUUUUUUUUUUUUGCUCCAGAAUUGUUUUUUUCUUUCUUUUUUCUUUUUUUCUUUUCUUUCCUCUUGGCUCUGUGUUUCCUCUCGGCUUCGGCGCUGGUUCUUUCUGAUCUGGAUAAAACCUUGAGCUCCUGAUGAAGAAUAAAGCUUCCAAGCAGAAGUCCAAAAGGAAAGGAAGUGAAAAUGCGUUCGGCUGUGACCUGAGCGAACAUCUCCACAACUCAGGACACGAUGUUCCUCAGGUUCUGAAGACGUGCGCGGAGUUCAUCGAGGAGCACGGCAUCGUUGACGGAAUCUACAGACUCUCAGGGAUCACCUCAAACAUCCAGCGCCUGAGGCAGGAGUUCAUCUCGGAGCAGUGUCCUGACCUCACUAAGGAGGUGUAUCUGCAGGACAUCCACUGUGUGGGCUCGUUGUGUAAGCUGUAUUUCAGGGAGCUGCCCAACCCGCUGCUCACCUACGAACUCUACCAGAAAUUCACGGAUGCCGUGUCUGUUAAAGAGGAACAUGAGCAGCUCAGGAACAUUCAGCGUGUCAUCAAAGAGCUUCCCACCGCCCACUUCAGAACUCUGGAGUAUUUGGUGAAACACCUGGCUCACCUGGCAACCCUCAGCCACCAGACCAACAUGCACACCCGUAACCUGGCCCUGGUGUGGGCUCCCAACCUGCUCCGCUCAAAGGAGAUCGAGGUUUCGGCGUGUAACGGUGACGAGGCGUUUCUGGAGGUUCGGGUUCAGCAGUCGGUGGUGGAGUUCAUUCUGAAUCACACGGAGCAGAUCUUUAACCCCGGGGCUGAUCCUCCGAGACCCCUGAAAGAAGGUGCAGCUGUGAUGUGUGUGGAGAAGUACGCUACACUGCCGGCGGUGAGUCAGUGUCCACCGAUGAAGCUGAUGAGUCUGGAGGAAGCUCAGGCUCGAACACUGGCUCCCAAUCACCCGGCGAGGACCGAGAGACUCCGAGAGAACAGCCUUCCUGACACCAGCACCGCCGCCAUGUACCACACCGUCAUAGAGCUUAGUGAGAGCAAGAGGAAAUUCUCUGGAAAGUCAAAGAAGUGGAAGUCCAUCUUCAGUCUGGGUCGAUCCGUCGCUGACGGCAAGGGGAAGCUGAGUCGCAACGGGAGCGUGUUCAUGAGAGCGCAGAACGUCUCGGAAAAGACCGGGAUACGACCGUCCAAGAGCAUGGACUCCCUCUGCUCUCUGCCAACAGAUGAAGAGAGAGCCGUGUCAGCAAGAGGGAAAAAUGGGUUCUUCGCUCCUGCGGUGAAAUCCAGAACCCUAGGUUCGGAUAUCAACUACGAUCCUAACGAACAGGAUCCUGACUGGGAAUUUGAAUUGCGGAAAGCCGGCGGUGAAACCGGGAACAGUCCCAGUGUCCAAACAGUCAGAGGGACCCAGAACACCUCAUCGUCAUCUCCUCCAUCUUCUUCGUCCUCCACUUCGUCUCCGUUACAGCGCACUCUUCCUGAGCAGCUGAAGGUGUUCAAAGGGGACGAGUUGACCACGUGUCGGCCCACGUCCCCGAAAAACCGCCGGAUGUUGUAUUCCGGUCCCUCACACAAUGGUUCGUCGAGGCCGUCUUUUCCGGGCAGCUUGUUCCCCUUGGAGUCGUCGCCGAGGCAUCAACGUAAAGCGCUGAACAUCUCGGAGCCAUUCGCGGUGUCUGUGCCGUUGCGCGUGUCGGCAGUCAUCAGUUCCAACAGCACCCCCUGCAGGGUGGCAGGGAAGGAACGGGAGCGCAGUAUGGGAAGCUUGGGAAGUGCUAGCUUUAGAGAGCCACACCCCAGCAACAGUGGGAGCUUUGAUUUCCGAGACAGGGAGAGACUAUUUGGGGGCAGAGAGAACCCGCUCGGCAACAGCGGCGGAUACGGUAUCUAUAGCAACAGCAGCUCCGUCCCCACAGAGGAGAGUCAAAUGAAUGAGAGGAGCACCGGGGUGGUCCCCUCCGAAACAGCAGCACAGAGCAGUGAUACGGAGGUAAAGCCUUGUGUAGAAAUGUCAGAGAACUUAAUGCCAUCUCAGGCUAAAGCAACAGAAAACCACAAAGAAAUGCCUCAAUCCUCUGGGAAAGAACUGGACGCCUCAUCAACGCAGCUCGCUGAGCCAAAAAAACUGGACCAACUGGACGAAGAGUCCAUCAAUCCAGAGCUGUGGUCUGAUCAUGAGCUCAGGAUCACCGAGUCGGAAACAAGCUUUUCGAAAGACCAGCUGAAAACCAGCGGCUCUAUGAGUAAAAUCGCUGGACACGAUGGUGCUCUGAAUCUUACUGCUCAAGCUAAAAGAAGAAGCAGUUUACCUACUCACCCUGUGUCUUCGAAGGAGCACUUCAAAGACGCCAUAAAAGGUCUCACGUCGGACCAUUCAGGUGCUACCCUUUUUAACACGACGUCAAGGCUUUCUCCGGAAACGUCUUCCGAACGUGACGCCGACUGGAAUUAUCUAGCCUCUGACAAAAAGGAUCACAAGAGCUUGGAUUCGUUUCAGUCACUGGACAUUAUGGCAAACAAGCUGCAGCACUUACCCUUCCUUCAGUUGAAGGAGACAGAUAUUCUCCAAGAUGCUGAUCCCUGGCCUUCAGUUUCUUCACCUGAAGAUCCUUCAGCCAAGGAAAGCAAUGAUGUGAUUGCUUAUGGUUCUAGUCCUGAUAACAAACCAUGUGUUGUAAUUCCUAAAAAGAAUGUAGACGUACCACACAUCUAUGAAUACAAUAAAAAUGACGUGAAGAAAACUAACAGUAUAACCAUUAAUUUAACAAGCAGAGUGAAAGGUAACAUUGAAAGGCUUUCGAAAUGCUUGGAUGAAAGACGCCUCACUAUAGAACUUCCGGGACAAGACGAUGAUGAUAUUUGGGGGAGCCAUUUGGCAGGAUUGGAUCAAGUGGAGCCCUGGGAAGACUUGAGCACUACCAAACAGUGGGUCACAAGCCCGCUCCACUCAACAAAACUGGAAGAUCUUUUUCCUCUGUUUAAAACACCAGCACCAGCCUCAGGAGCUGAAAUCAAAACAUCUACUGAGCUGAACAUCAAUCACUUGCAAAAAGACAAGAAGAUUGUAGAUGAACAACCUCCUUCAGGGAAAGUACUAGAAAAUCCAGCCAUAAUCAAUGAACCUGGUCUCGAUCUCACUUCCAAAGUCAAAAAGGCAGAUGAAUCGGGUUGUGAAAAUAUAACUGAGCUCUUACACGUUGGUAACUCUGAAGAGCCUGGAGAGAAAGUGGAGAUGAAACAGGACCUUCCACAGCCUGCACAAGCCAAAACUACCGUCCACCAAGAGGAGACCACCAGAAUCACAAAGAGAAACAGUGGUGCUCCAAAACCAAAGACUUCUGUCUUUUCCCAAAGAUUUCACCGUCAGGUAUCUCACGAGCCCUGCAUCGCAGAGAGGAACGAGGAAAACAUUGCUCCAAAACAAAGACCCUACUCACUUAACCUGGAUUUGGGAAACCGGUGCAUCAGAGACAUCUCAAAUCAGCAGAACCUUGAUCUUGCAGAUCAUUUCUCUUACCAGAGGGGGGCAAUAACUCCUUCUGGAACAAAGCUAGAUGGGUUGUCUGUGGAACUGGAGAUGUUCCUAAGGGACCGUCAAGCACCCAUGCGACGCAACUCUGCUCCGGUUAGCGUGUCUUCGGUGCGCACCGCGUUCAUGAUCAAAACGUGUCAGGCCAAAGCCGUGCCUGUUAUACCUCCAAAAGUCCAGUAUAGCCACAUACCACAUCCGGUCCAUCCAGAGAAGGGCAGCCACGAGCCAGACAAAAGGGAAAGUGGACCUGAGAAGAUGAAAGUAGAGAAAGCAGAUUCUUUACCUCCUCUCCUGGUGGUAAAAGAUUCCAAAGAGGAAAGGGAAAACUGCAAACCAGUCACAAGGAUCCAAAGACAGGCGUCGGUGGAAAAAACGUCAGAGACGUACAAGACGGCGCCUGCCCCUGAGUUUCCAGUACUGAGGAGGAAGCGCUCUGCCAAUGGGGACUCCUUUAUGGACUGUCCCAGACCAGAAAGAUCUACUUUACUUCAACGGUCCUCCUUCCGGAAUCGUCCAAGGCCUCAGAGCCUGAUUCUCUUCAGUCCUCCCUUUCCUAUCAUGGACUAUCAUCCUACGGGGGAUGACGGAAAGCUUGUCCUGUCGCCAAUCAAGAGUCCUGCUGAAACAUCUCCUCUUGAGGUCCUCACUAAGGAGCUCACAGAGAGUCUUAAAACCCCUGAUGGGGUCACCCUGCGAAACAAGAUGACUUUGCCUAAGAGUGGACAGAGAUUAGAAACCUCUACAAGCUGUUUUUACCAGCCCCAGAGGAGGUCUAUGAUUUUUGACAACAGGAGCAGUCGGCAGAUCGAGUGAGCCGUCUGUUAGACUCGUGAAUGUUCACGUCAUAGCUAGAGAACAGUUGCUGAAUGUAAUAAGUUCCUGUUUAUUUCUUGCACCGUAUUCUCCUUCUUCUUGCUGACCAAACGUUCUAACAGGUUCCAUUUAAUUCUACAAGCGAUAAAUGAAGGAUUUUUUGUUGUUCUUGACGUUGUAAAACGCUGCUGCUAAGGAACUUUAUCACAUCAAGGAGCCCUUGAAAAUAAAUGAAAAGCAUUAUUAUUAUUUUUUUUAGUGAAGUAGCAUUAAAGGUUUCUUUAGUGCUAACUGCUGUACAUUUCUCGAAAGAAGAAGGUGAAGACAAAGUCCCACUGAAUUACGGCGAAGUGUUUUAACGGACGUGAGCGAGUAAUUCAGAGGAUUUUUAUUGUUUGGGUCAGAUUUCUAAAUAGUGUUAAAUCCUGCGAUAUCUAUGCGUAUUUAAUUCUUCCUUUCAUACCCGUUUCAGGGAUUAUGGGAUGGGAGCCGAAAUCCGAUUGGAUAACCGAUAACUGAAAUUAAAUGGAAUGAACGGGGAAAAAAAACAAUCCUGCUUAUAGUGUUGUCAUGUCUGUGUUUUAAGAGAGAAAACCAGGGAGAAAAAGAAGAAGCCAUUUUUACAAGCUGAGAUUUAUUAUUAUUUUUCCUUUCUAUUACUUGCCGUGUAGUAAACAUGGGACGUGGCAAUACAUCAGAUAUUCAGUGUUAUAACAAUGGUGCAAUUAAUAUCGAAGGUGUCAAUGCACAGAUUUUCAUACAACCCUGAAGUCUUGAUACACGAUGAUUAUUUUUCUAUUUUACUUUUGUUUACUGUUCGCUACUUCGUCUAGCAUUUUCAUCUUGGAAUAUUUGAUCUUUACAGUCUCACUUUAACUGGCACAAAAGCCUCGUCAUCAUGACACCGUCAAGGACAGCUUUUAAAUGUUGAAUGCCCGUAUUAAAUAUUCACAAUGUGUGAUAAAUGCCUUUUCAUAGAGGUUAUGUAACCAGAAAAGAACCUUGGCUGCACCAUUUUAAUGCAGAUUUUUAAAAGUCCAUGACAAAAAAAAAACCAUAAAAUGCAAAUGCUGCCCAAAAAAUGCUGUCUACAUUAAUCACCUCCUUCCACAACGGAGCACAGGAGUCGGAGCGCUGGCUGAAGUUCCCACGCCGACAAUACCGCGUGUGCUUAUUUUUACCAUAUAUUAUGUGAUAUAAUAGAACAUUGGGACAGGAAGUGUUUUUAUCAUUUAAAUCUAAAUAUCUAUAAGAAAAAUGUUAUUGAUUGUACAAAAAAAAGAAGAAGAAAUGCCUGGAAAUUCAUCAAGUGUGUAUUUAUUUAUGUAAUUUGUGUCUCAUGAGAGUUUUGAGAUGAUCAGUGCUGGGAUAAGGCUUGUGUUGAAUUAAGCCGGUCAGUUUCUGGAAGUAGAUGUUUAGUUUGAGGGAAACAGAAUGAAGGAAAGCUGAGGCAUGUGAACGUUCUGAGACUGAUUUAAACACGCUCUCAUCUGCUUCAUGCUGCGAUCCAGCGGAGUCAUGAUCUAAACACGGAGCAGUGCUCCGGCUCUGAAAUAUCACGGGUGCCGGGAGCAGGUGGUGUUCGAAUGGCUGAUGAAGAUCGGUCUCUCGUUCAACUUUAGUGGCAAAAAUACAAAAGCUACGUUAUGGACACAAAUGUUUAGCAUUUGAGAGACGAACAAAACUGGCAAGGAGUCGAGAAACCUGCUCUCGUGUGCCGUAAGUGGACGAGGGCGUGUUUUUAGAAAUCCAGUCUGAGGAUGUUUCCGAGAAAGACGUGAAGCACAAAUGUACAUUCUAUAUGUUCCUGUAUGAAGAUGAAGAGAUAUUUUGUCGAUAACUGUAACCAAAGAACACUAACUAUGUAAUGUAUUUUUUUAACGUUUAAACCGGCUUAAUUAUAUGUAUCCACUGUAAACAACACAAUAAACACACUUAAUAUUUACUGUC